AUGAGUUCCGGGGGCGGUGAUGCGAAGCUGUUCGCUAGGGGCAAAGUCGCCGAGCUCCGGCAAGAACUAAACAGCGGCGGCAAGAAAGACAAGAACUACUCGGCCAAAAAGAUCGCUCUCAAGAAGAUAGUUGCCAAUAUGACUAUGAGCAAUAACGACAUGAUUGCUCUGUUUCCGGACAUAAUCGACUGCAUGAACCUACCGAGUCUGGAGAUCAAGAAGAUGUGCUUCCUGUUUCUUGUCAACUACUCGAGAAUGAAGCCUGAGAUCGCCCUCAAGGCUCUUCCUAUAUUGGUUAAUGUAAGGUGA